CAGGAUCUGAAGGAACCCAAAGAGCUGAAGGAGAUGAGCAAGGAGGAGGUGACGGUGGACGGGGACGCGAAGCCAGCAGCCGAGAACGGAGCCGGAGACAACAAGACCCCCGCCAACGGCACCACUGAGUCUGCAAGUGGCGAGAAAGAGAAUGGCGAUAGCAAGGCUGCCGACAAGGUUGACGGUGACGUCAAGCCGGUGGACUCUGCGGAGAAGAAAGAGUCGUCCCCCGUAGAUGCAGCGUCGCCCACGACGGAGGGCGACUCUGCUGCUCCCACGACAGAAGCCGACAAGGCCGACAAGACGGCUGCCGACAAAACUGCUGAGGCCACCAAAGAAGUCGAAGCCGCCACGGCGGACGAGAAGGCCGAUGCCGGAGACGACAAGACGGACGGAGACGUGAAGGUGGACGAGCAGAAGAAGGAUGAGGCGGCUGAGGUGGAGAAGGUGGAGGAGGUGGAGAAGGUGGAGGAGGUGGAGAAGGAGAAGGUGGAAAAGGUGGAGGAGAAGGAGGCGGUGAAGGAGGUGGUGAAAGAGGCGGCGGGGGGCGAUGUUGGCAUCAAACGCCCGGCUGAUGCUCCAGCGCAGGAGGAGUCUGGCGAGAAUGACGCCAAGAAGCAGAAAUCCGAGAAUGGCGACGCUGCCGCUGAGUCAACCGCCUAGAGCCCUCGCCAGCCGCUCACCACCACUCACCACUACUACUCACCACCACUCACCACUACUCGCCACUACUCACCACUACGCUCACCACCACUACACUCACCACUACUCACAACUACUCACCACCACGCUCAUCGCCACUACGCUCCUACUCACCACCACGCUCACCACUACUCACCGCCACCACUACUCACCACCACCACCACCACACUCACUGCCACCACCACUACACGCUGAACAAACACUAAAGGCACAUCCCCCGCUGCUCGUUUACUCGUAACGCACUACACGCACUGCACGCACAUGCUACACACCGCACACUACACACACACACA